GCAUGUUCGCGUGUGCGCGCAAGACAAACUAGAGUUUGAGUUUCAUCAGUGGCGGACGGCUGAGAGCAAUCAAAACUCCAAAGUGUUUGUCCUCGACUAUCCUCGAAGCUUUUGAAGGUUUGUUUGCUGGAUUAGAAAGGAGGCGCUGUUUUAUACUUGGUUUAAAUCCUCGCUUUAGCUCUCCUCACAUAAUUUGGCGUCGCGACGCGAUGUCUUGUAUAUUUUCACGCACUUGCUGGAACAGGUAAAUUGUGUGCACGCUCACACUGUCAAGACUGAUUUAGUAACGACGCAGUAUCGACGUCUCAUUAUAAAGUAAACAAACCUCUACAGAUGAUCCAGAAUGCUGCGGCAAGAGUUAUCUUUAAUGAACCAAAGAGAGCACACGUCACUCCUCUACUCAUUAAGCUACAUUGGCUUCCCGUAGUCGCUCGCAUCAAAUUCAAGACUCUGCUCCUGGCCUACAAGACCACUACUGGUUCGGCACCACCUUAUCUUAAAUCGCUAAUGCAGACAUAUGUACCCACCAGAUCCCUACGCUCUGCAAACGAACGACGUCUUGUGGUGCCAUCCCAUAAAGGGGCUAAAAACGAUGGAUCGCCUCGCCUUCAAAUCCCUUCCUUUACUUCUCAUUGUUUGCGUCCUACCCGGAGCAGUGACGCAGACCUCGACCCCCAAGGGCUGCGGCUCUGAUGUGAGCUCUCUGUAUUACAACCUCUGCGACCUGAGUGCCACCUGGGGCAUCGUAGUGGAGUCAUUCGCCGCCGCUGGUUUGGUGUCCGCCCUGGUCCUUCUGAUCGUGAUGCUGGCCAGCCUUCCUUUUGUGAAAAGCAGAAAGUGGCGUAGAGCACUGGGUCUUCAUGUGUUUUUCCUCAUCUUCACGUUCGGACUGUUUGCCCUCACGUUCGCCUUUAUCGUGGGGAAGAACUUCGCCACGUGCGCGACCCGCCGUUUUCUGUUCGGCGUGCUGUUCGCCGGCUGCUUCUCCUGCCUUCUCAUGCAAGCCGUGAGGUUGAACAUCCUGGCCAGGCGGAACUCGGGGCCCAGAGGGUGGGUUUGGUGCUUGGGUGCUCUCGGUCUUUGGCUGGUGGAAGUUAUCAUCAAUUCUGAAUGGCUCAUCAUCACGAUUGUACGAUACCCUACUAACACCACCGGACCCCUGACUCCUGCGACAGCGGUUCCCUGUAACAUUGCCAACCAGGAUUUUGUCAUGGCUCUUAUAUAUGUGCUAAAUCUUCUGUUAGCCGUCGUGGUAGCAUCCAUACCGAUAUUUGCAGGUAAGCACAAGCGCUGGUUCAAGGACGGAGCCCUCAUACUGGUCCUGGGACUGUUCUCGGUGGGCAUCUGGGUGGCUUGGAUUGUCAUGUACGUGUAUGGAAACUCAAAGCAUGGUGUGCCAACGUGGGAUGACCCCACCUUGGCAAUAGCGCUGGUGUCGAACGCAUGGGUGUUUCUGCUGCUUCACACUGUGCCGGCGGCGUGUAGCCUGAGUGAGGACGAUGACACAACUGCUGAGGAAGAUCUGUACCCUAGCAGAGGGUACGAAACUAUUCUGAAGGAACAAAGUGCACAGAGUGUACAGAGCAUAUAUGUGGAAAAUAAGGCAUUUUCUGUGGAUGAGCCCAACACAGGUAAUAAGCCCGUGUCCCCAUACAGUGGCUAUAAUGGUCAACUCCGAAGUUGUGUGUACCAGCCGACAGAGCUCGCCAUCAUGACCAAAGGACCAGGAAAUCAACAGAUGGAGUCAUAUGACAAAAUUCCACGAGCGUCUACAGGCACACCCAUGCAAGACCAGAACCGUCCCACCAGCCCCUCGGCACAUGUUGAUGAUAUGAGACAAAUAUACUCCAAUGGAAAUUUCUAUAGAAGACCCCAGUGAUCGGUUGACGCCAGCUUUUGUUUUUUUUCCUUUCUGGUGUUUCUAAUUAAUGUUUCCUGAUUUCUAUCCACCGCUGUGCUUGACAGCUGUGAACUCGGAAUAGGGAAACAAUUUGUCGUUUUGCUCUGUUGAAAGACAUCAUGUUCGGAUUAUCUCAUGAUGAUCCAAACGAACCGUUGGAGAUGUGACAAUGCACGGUUUCCGAUUGUACAGACUACUGCAAUGCUACCGGCUGUGUUUAAUGAGGAAAAAGCACAGGCCAGAAAAGAACUUUAAAAUAACCUUGUAUGGGCCAAAUGCUGCUUUUGCCAUUUGUAUAUUGCAAAAACUGAAGUUAGGUGUCAUGACACCUUAUGUAUAAGCCUUAAUUAGAAAAUAUAAAAUGAUAAUGUACAAUCACAAUGACUUUGGUAAAGCAUUCAUGUAAAAAUUAUUUCAUCGUCCAUUCCUACUUUGUAUUUAUUUUCAGUGUAAAACAUUAAUUUGGUUCUAUUCUCUGUACAGUAGAUAUGUUAGAUUUCAUCGUUAAAAUGAGAAAUUCAACAUGAAAGAGCUCUAUGAACUCGUCUUGUUCAUUGUUCAUAAAAUCAAAAUAAAGCGCUCAAUGUG